AUGUUGUCCCUCGCCGUGUCGGCCGCCCUUCUCGGGCUCGCGUCUGCCCAACAGGUCGGAAAGGAGCAAUCUGAGACUCACCCUAAGUUGUCUUGGAAGAAGUGCACCAGCGGUGGUUCCUGCACCCAGACCAACGCUGAGGUGACCAUCGACUCCAACUGGCGAUGGCUUCACAGUCUCGAAGGCACCGAGAACUGCUACGACGGUAACAAGUGGACCUCGCAGUGCAGCACUGCCGACGACUGCGCCACCAAGUGCGCUAUCGAGGGUGCCGACUACAGCAAGACCUACGGUGCCUCCACCAGCGGCGAUGCUCUUACCCUCAAGUUCUUGACCAAGCACGAGUACGGAACCAACAUCGGAUCCCGAUUCUACCUCAUGAACGGUGCCGACAAGUACCAGACCUUCGACCUUAAGGGUAACGAGUUUACCUUCGAUGUCGACCUGUCUACCGUCGACUGUGGUCUUAACGCCGCUCUUUACUUCGUCGCCAUGGAGGAAGACGGUGGCAUGGCCAGCUACCCCAACAACAAGGCCGGUGCCAAGUACGGUACCGGUUACUGUGACGCUCAGUGCGCCCGUGACUUGAAGUUCGUCGGUGGCAAGGCCAACGUUGAGGGAUGGGAGCCAUCCACCAACGACAACAACGCUGGUGUCGGCCCCUACGGUGCCUGCUGUGCCGAAAUCGAUGUCUGGGAGUCCAACUCUCACUCUUUCGCUUUCACUCCUCACCCUUGCACCACCAACGAGUACCACGUCUGUGAGAAGGACGAGUGCGGUGGUACCUACUCUGAGGACCGAUUCGCCGGAAAGUGUGACGCCAACGGUUGUGAUUACAACCCUUACCGCAUGGGUAACACCGACUUCUACGGCAAGAGCAAGACCGUCGACACCAGCAAGAAAUUCACUGUUGUCACUCAGUUCGCCGACAACAAGUUGACCCAGUUCUUCGUCCAGGACGGCAAGAAGAUUGAGAUCCCCGGCCCCAAGAUCGACGGUUUCCCCGCCGAAAGCAACAUCACCCCCGAGUACUGCACAGCCGAGUUCGGCGUUUUCGGAGACCGUGACCGCUUUAAGGAGGUUGGUGGCUUCGACCAGCUCAACAACGCUCUUGACGUACCCAUGGUUCUUGUCAUGUCCAUCUGGGACGACCACUACGCCAACAUGCUUUGGCUCGACUCUAGCUACCCCCCUGAGAAGGCUGGCACGCCCGGCGGUGACCGUGGUGACUGUGCCCCCGACUCCGGUGUCCCCUCCGACGUCGAGGCCAGCAUCCCCGAUGCCAAGGUCGUCUGGUCCAACAUCCGCUUCGGACCCAUCGGCUCUACCGUUACCGUCUAA